CAUUACUCUAAAUCUUUUACUUCUAAUUAAUGGGUCUUUAGGAAUUCCGGAAAGUCAGAUGACAUCGGACAGGUGGAUAAAAGCCCAACCGUCCAGUGAAAGACAGAGAAGUAACAGAAACCGCUCCAACCUACACUGAGGAGAAAAUACAGCUCACCAUGGCCUCUGGAAACACCAUGAUGGACCCCAUCUGUCUGGUGGAAAAUCAGAAUAAUCAGCUGACAGUAAAUCCAAAAGCACUGGAGAUUCUAGACAAGAUCUCUCAGCCUGUGGUGGUGGUGGCCAUUGCAGGUGUGUACCGGACAGGAAAAUCCUACCUGAUGAACCGCCUGGCAGGACAGAACCAUGGUUUCCGUCUGGGCUCCACAGUGAGGUCAGAAACCAAGGGCAUCUGGAUGUGGUGUGUGGCCCACCCCUUUAAUCCCAACCACACUCUGGUCCUUCUGGAUACUGAGGGCCUGGGUGAUGUGGAAAAGGGUGACUCAAAAAAUGACUCAUGGCUCUUUGCCCUGGCCGUGCUUCUGAGCAGCAUGUUUGUCUACAACAGCAUGAGCAGCAUCAACCACCAGGCCCUGGAGCAGCUGCACUAUGUGACUGAACUAACAAAGUUAAUCAGGACAAAGUCCUCUCCCAUCUCUGCUGAAGUAGAUGACUCAGCCGAGUUUGUGAGCUUCUUCCCAGACUUUGUCUGGGUUGUACGGGAUUUCAUGCUGGAGCUGAAGUUAGAUGGACGCACCAUCACUGAAGAUGAGUACCUGGAGAAUGCCUUGGAGUUGGUUCCAGGCAACGAUCCCAAAAUCCAGAAGUCCAACAUGCCUAGAGAGAAUAUCAGGAUGUUCUUUCUAAGGCGAAAAUGCUUUGUCUUUGACCGGCCUACAACUGACAGAAAAUUAUUACUCCAUAUGGAGGAGGUUUCAGAAAACCAACUAGAAUGCAGUUUCCUGGAGCAAUCCAAAAAUUUCUGUCAGUAUAUCUUUACACAUGCAAAAACCAAGACCCUCAGAGAGGGAAUCAUUGUCACUGGAAAUCGGCUGGGGACUUUGGCAAAGGCCUAUGUGGACGCCAUCAACAGUGGAGCAGUGCCUUGUUUGGAAACUGCAGUGAUAACUCUUGCUGAGCGUGAGAAUUCAGCAGCCAUGCAGAAGGCAGCCGACCACUACAGCGAGCAGAUGGCCCAGAGAGUGAGCUUCCCCACAGACACGCUGCAGGAGCUGCUGGACCUGCAUGCAGCUUGUGAGAAGGAAGCCCUUGCAAUCUUCAUGGAGCAUUCCUUCAAGGAUGACAAGUGUGAGUUCCAAAAGAAGCUUACGGGCACCAUAGAGAAAAAGAAGAAAGAUUUCUUGCUGCAGAAUGAAGAGGCAUCUGCCAAAUAUUGCCAGGCUCAGCUUAACCAGCUUUCAGAGCCACUGAUGGAAAACAUUUUGAGAGGAACUUUCUCUGUGCCAGGAGGAUACAAUCUCUACGUAAAAGAAAUGGACAAGGUUGAACAUUUCUAUAACCUGAUACCCAGGAAAGGAGUGAAGGCAAAGGAGGCACUCCAGAACUUCCUGCAGUCACAGACUCCAACCAAGGAAUCCAUUUUCCAGGCUGACAAAGCCAUCAGUGCUUGCGAGAAGGCUCUUGCAGCUGAGCAGGCCAACAAGCAGGCAGUGGAAAAGGAACAGCAGCUGGUAAGACAGAUACAAAAAAUGGAGGAUCAAGAAAAAAUCUCUCAGGAAAUCUUAGUCCAGGUGAAGACGACAAAGGCAGAAAUAGAAAGCCAACUGAAAAAUCAGAAAAGAAUGCUGAAGCAAAAUAUGGAGAAGUUGGAAGAAAUAAAUGAAAAGGUAAAUAAACUAACAGAAGAUUUAAAAAAACAUGAAAACAACUCUUCAAUAAUGUCAAAUUUAUCAACGCUGGCAAACCCUUCAGUAAUUACAGCACUACUUGAGCUCAUCAAAAGUGAUUAAGCUCCUUUAAGGAACCUGGUGAGAAUUUUUCGAACUGGACAGUCUUUGUGCUCUGGAUUUCUCAAACUUCUCUCCCAUGAUAAUCACCCAGCAAUGAAGCCACCAUCUUUGUCUCACAGUGAAAUUCCAAUGUUUAAAAUGAUUAACAAAGAGAAUAUAUUUGCCAAUGAUACAUCUGAAAAGGGGUUAAUAUCCAAAACCUAUAAAGAAUUAUACAACUCAACACCAAAAAACAAACAAUGGACUAAGGACCUGAAUAGACAUUUUUCCAAAGAGGACAUACAGAUGGCCAAUGGACAUAUGAAAAUAUUUUCAACAUCACUAGUCAUCAGAGAAAUGCAAAUUAAAACCAUAGUGAGAUAUCACCUCAUACCUUUUUGAAAAAAUCUAUCAUUAAUAAAUAAACAUGGGGGGAAAGGAGGACCUAUAUAAUACUUUCAACAAUAAAGAUUUUUCAAAAAGUUAAUGACAUUAAAAUAAACAAAUAAAAAAACAAGCAAAAUGAGAUUCAGAAUGAUGGUUGCUCUUGGGG